AAGUAACCACUAAGCAGCAUUUGUCGAAUCUAUGAGCCUCUAUAGCACGUUGAGAAGAACCGAGAAUCCCGAGGGUUUAUGCUUUUCUAUCAUCAUUCGCCCCUUUCGGAUAUCAAACCUCAACAUCAUAUAUCCCUCUCGCAGCCAACGACUCACCUCUUAUCUUAUGUAUCCACCCUCAAAGAAGCAACUUCCUACCAUCCUGCUUACCCGAGCCUCAACAACACCCGAGCCUCUCCCGAAGACCAUUCCCCCGAAGCCCUCUCCCGAACUCACCGUUACUACUUCCCGGCCGCGGACGCGGUGCCGGGUAUCUACAAGAGAUACGCGCACAGAUCAAUCUACUCUAGCCAUUGGCGGCAUAAUUGGUUUGAAGCAGGGCGUCCGAAAAAGAAACAGAUGUUUUUCUUUCGUUGAGCGAAUGAAAACGGACAUCCGAGACAUGUACCUCCGUACCCAUCCUUCGGGUGGAUCGUCAAGCCACACGCCGGCCGCAGGUACAGAGCAAGCUUCGGCUUUGGGGAUCCCAUCAGCCACUGCGCAGCGUUGAGAUGAGGAGCGCUCGGGCCUUGGUUAGAGCGGUGUGCUAUGCCGAGCUGGCAUGAGCCUGAGGUUGGACCGUGGGAAAGCGGUGGUGGUGAGCAGGGCGCACGUGCUGGGGAGUACCCGAGGCUAAUGUAUGCCAGUGAGGUGGUGAGAUGCUCGGGGGUGGGAGAGCCGGGCGGAAGAGGCAAAAGAGCUGUGAUGGUGCUGGAUGCAUAUGUGUGCCUGUGGCGUUGGGAGGAAGGUUUAGC